UAGUUCUUUUGUUCUGCCGUUAUGAUGCACGGUAAAUUGGUUCUGGGUCUGGCUGCCGCCACCCUUAUCUCGGCCGAGAACAUUGUCACUACCCUAUUCAUCCCGGAUACCGACGCCGAGUCAUUGGCAGGCUCAGUAAUGGGCGUGGCUGCAACUGCUACUACCUACUUUGUCAACUGUCCGACCGCAACUGGUAUUGAUAAUAAUAAUGAUGAUGAUGAUGAUGAUGAUGAUGAUGAUGAUGAUGAUGAUGAUGAUGACGAUGAUGAUGACUGCGGCAUGGGACCCGGUAUGACGAUUGUUGCCGGCCCUCAAACCACCAACUAUUUCCUGGGGGAGCCAGAAGAUGAUGUCUAUAUGUCUAUGGCUUGUUCGGUGCAAGGGAUUACUUACGGGGUCUGCACCGAGAUGAUUUCGGGCACGGGAGCAGACUUCACUGGGACCUAUACCACGACCAUGGGCACUGAUGACCUCUGCUGCUUUGUGCCCGUGACCAUCACUGCGGGCACGCUGACCGGUGCUGGAGAUGCCAUCUCCCCUGCAACGGUACUGGCCACUGGAACGGCUACCCCUACCAUCCCCGAUGCUUCCGCUACCGGCACGGACACGGCAAUCAGCGGAGAAUCGGCUACUGCCACUGUCGCCUCCACUACCACUCAUAAUAGCACGACCCAGAGUAGUACCGGAGCUGCGGCAUUCAUUACCCAUGAUUCGACUCUGCUCUUUGGAGGUGCUGCGGCGGCUGUUCUUGUGGCGGCAGCUUUGUGA